UUUUAUCUCGAUCUGCAACAAAAAGCCUUUGACGGCUACGCCACAUUUUCUUUUAGAUUCAUCAUCUUCUUCAAGCAGCUGCCUUCGCAAAUCUCCAUCGUCUCAAUCAAGGUUCUUGUUGCUUCCCUUUCCAGCUAAAGAAGAUGACGUCUCGUUUUUUCGCUCAGGGUGGAAGUGAAAGUGAAGAUGAGAGUGAAAUUGACGAAGAGGUUCCCGAGGUUCAGAAUAACGACAUCAAUAACCGUUACCUUCAAAGUGGUAGUGAGGAUGAAGAAGAUCUUGAUACCAAACGUGUGGUUAAGCCUGCUAAAGAUAAACGAUUUGAGGAGAUGACCUCCACCGUUGAGCAGAUGAAGAAUGCUGUGAAGAUCAAUGAUUGGGUCAGCCUCCAAGAAAACUUCGAUAAGGUCAACAAACAGCUUGAGAAGGUUAUGAGGAUUACUGAGGCUGUGAAGCCUCCGACCCUGUAUAUCAAGAUGCUUGUGAUGUUGGAGGAUUUCUUGAAUGAAGCUCUGGCUAAUAAGGAAGCAAAGAAGAAGAUGAGCACCAGUAAUUCCAAGGCUUUGAACUCAAUGAAACAGAAAUUGAAGAAAAACAACAAGCAGUAUGAAGACGAUAUCAACAAAUAUCGCGAGUCUCCAGAAGUCGAGGAUGAGAAAGAGCCUGAAGAGGACGAUGAAGAAGAUGAGGAAGAUGAAGAUGAUUCUGAGGACAAUGGUAACGUUGACCCUGAGUCUGAAGAGGAGAUAGAUGAACCUGCUGAUAAUCUUUCUUGGGAGAAGAUGCUGAGCAAAAAAGAUAAGCUUAUGGAGAAGCUGAUUAACAAAGAUCCUAAAGAGAUUACUUGGGACUGGGUCAACAAGAAGUUUAAGGAAAUUGUGGCUGCUCGUGGGAAAAAGGGCACUGCUCGAUUUGAGCUAGUUGAUCAGCUUACGCACUUGACAAAGAUUGCCAAGACUCCUGCGCAGAAGCUUGAAAUCUUGUUUAGCGUUAUUUCAGCACAGUUUGAUGUGAAUCCAGGUCUCAGCGGGCACAUGCCUAUCAAUGUCUGGAAGAAAUGUGUGCUUAACAUGCUCACCAUACUGGAUAUUCUUGUCAAAUACAAUAACAUUGUUGUGGAUGACACAAUUGAACCUGAUGAGAAUGAAACUUCAAAGCCUGCUGAUUAUGAUGGAAAAAUUCGGGUCUGGGGAAAUUUGGUUGCAUUCUUGGAGCGGAUUGACACUGAGUUUUUCAAGAGUUUGCAAUGCAUUGAUCCCCACACACGUGAGUAUGUUGAGAGACUGCGGGAUGAGCCGAUGUUCUUGGCCCUUGCUCAGAACAUCCAGGACUAUUUCGAGCGGAUGGGUGAUUUUAAAGCUGCUGCAAAGGUAGCCUUAAGAAGAGUUGAGUCAAUAUAUUACAAGCCUCAGGAAGUUUAUGAUGCUAUGAGGAAAUUGGCAGAAAUGGUGGAAGAAGAAGAAGAAACUGAGGAGGCCAAAGAGGAAAGUGGACCUCCUACUUCAUUCAUCGUUGUUCCCGAGGUUGUUCCUCGUAAGCCUACCUUCCCAGAGAGCAGCCGUGCUAUGAUGGACAUUCUUGUGUCCCUUAUCUACAGAAAUGGAGAUGAGCGGACCAAAGCGCGUGCAAUGCUAUGUGAUAUUAAUCACCAUGCGUUAAUGGACAACUUUGUGACUGCUAGAGACCUCUUGUUGAUGAGUCAUCUGCAAGACAACGUCCAGCACAUGGACAUCUCAACACAGAUUCUUUUUAAUAGAACCAUGGCGCAGCUUGGUCUUUGCGCCUUCCGGGUUGGAAUGAUCACUGAGUCCCAUAGCUGCCUUUCCGAGCUGUACUCUGGUCAAAGAGUGAGGGAGUUGCUUGCCCAAGGUGUCUCGCAAAGCCGAUACCAUGAAAAGACCCCAGAGCAGGAAAGGAUGGAAAGGAGAAGACAAAUGCCGUACCACAUGCACUUAAACCUUGAGCUCCUGGAGGCAGUUCAUCUCAUCUGUGCCAUGCUACUUGAAGUCCCAAACAUGGCUGCAAACUCCCAUGAUGCCAAACGCAGAGUGAUUAGCAAGAAUUUCCGUCGCCUGCUUGAGAUCAGUGAAAGGCAAGCAUUCACAGCACCGCCUGAGAAUGUCCGUGACCACGUCAUGGCAGCCACCAGAGCCCUGACCAAAGGGGAUUUCCAAAAGGCGUUUGAAGUUUUGAACUCUCUUGAUGUCUGGAGGCUGCUCAAGAACCGUGAUAGUAUCCUCGAUAUGGUGAAAGAUAGGAUCAAAGAAGAGGCUCUAAGGACUUACCUAUUCACAUACUCUAGCUCCUACGAGUCCUUAAGUCUUGAUCAGCUGGCCAAGAUGUUUGACGUCCCUGAGCCACAGGUCCACAGCAUUGUGAGCAAGAUGAUGAUUAAUGAGGAGCUUCAUGCAAGCUGGGACCAGCCAACUCAAUGCAUAGUCUUUCAUGAAGUGCAACACAGCAGAUUACAGUCAUUGGCUUUCCAGUUAACUGAGAAACUCUCAAUUUUGGCAGAAAGCAAUGAAAGGGCAAUGGAAUCUAGAACCGGUGGAGGUGGUCUGGAUCUGAGUUCAAGGAGAAGGGACAACAAUCAGGACUAUGCUGGAGCAGCAUCAGGUGGUGGUGGAUAUUGGCAAGACAAGACAAAUUAUGGACAAGGAAGGCAAGGUAGCAGAUCUGGUUAUGGUGGAGGAAGACAAAAUGGUCAGUGGUCAGGGCAGAACCGAGGAGGAGGGUAUGCAGGAAGAGUUGGUUCAGGAAACAGAGGUAUGCAAAUGGAUGGCUCAAGCCGUAUGGUGAGUCUCAACCGUGGUGUUCGUGCUUAAAGAGGAUGAGGAGAAAUUUGCAGUCAGUGUUGACCUUAAGGCUCUAGUUAAGACCUUUUGUUAUGUUUUUUAUUCCUUGGUUAUCAAACUUUUCUUUCUAAGAGAUGUUCAUCACAGGAUCUCCCAUUGGGAUUGCUUCUUUCUUUUGAUAUUGCCAGUUGGAAAAAAAUAACGUUUAAGAAUGCUUUAUUGGAAAAAGUAGAAAGUCUUUGGUUGUUUCU